ACGAAUCGAAACGCGUCUCCCAUCUCUACUUCCUGGUUUGGUUUAUUUACGUUUUUCAUCUAUUGUUGACCAUGGCAGCGGAGGGGGACUUUCUGAUGAGAUAUCGUGCUGUAUCAAAUAAAUUGAAAAAACGUUUUCUUCGGAAACCCAAUGUAGCAGAAGCAAGUGAGCAGUUUGGUCAGUUGGCUAAAGAGCUGAAGCAGCAAGACUGUCUUCAGUAUGCAGCCUUCUGUGACCUUGCAAUGGCAAGGUGUGAGCAGACUCUUUUCAAUGCUCCUGGGGAGGCCCUGGCCUUGACCGACGCUGCCCGGCUCUUCCUGCUCUCUGAGAAGGAGAACAGAGCACUACAAGCCCCAGGCUUCGACGAGCACCUGCAGGCCGCACUCAACUGCUACAGCUUUGCCAUCAAGGUUUACAUUGAGAUGAACCAGCCUGUCAUGGCCGCCAGUCUAUCUCUGGAACUUGGCAAUGCCCUCAAGGAGAUGAACAGACCAGGUGAGGCCAUAGUUCACUACCAGAGAGCAGCAGAACUACAGACACAGCAGCCAAUUGAGUCUCUGCUGUCUAUGGGAGAGAUGGCCACCUGCAAAAUACUCACCCGUGACUAUGACGGCGCGCUGGCCGUGCUGACAGAGAUGCAGCUGAUGUGUCAGGAGAGGGGACUGCAACUGCCCGGCACCAGCACCCCCGUUGGUGCAUUUCUGGACAUUGUGGCCAAGUGUGAGAUUUCCAGAGUACUUUUGCUGAUGCUGCUUGAGCCUCCUCCCCAGAAGUUGUUGCCAGAGCAUGCCCAGACCCUGGAGAGAUACGCCUGGGAGUCGUUUGACCCUCAUAGUCAGGUGACCUUCCUACCUGAGAAUGUCUUCCUGCUSCUGCAGUCAGUUGUGAUGGCCUGCCAGGAAAAAGACACAGAGUCCCUCAAGUCUCUUCAACCUGAACUCUGGCCUCUUCUAUCAGCAGAGCAGAACCACCUCCUUCACCUGGUGGUGCAAGAGCGGAUCACCCCCUCUGGACAGGGGAUUUAGUACAGUUCAGAUCAACUCACUACACCCCCUCGGAAUGACACAUAAUGGAACAUUCCUGUCUCGGUCUGUUGUAGGGCCUCUUGAAUAAUGUUUUGGUGGGGUUGCAUUCACAAACACAUUUUGCGUCUUUUCUAAAAAUGUGGGAACCGGACCAAGCAUGUCAUUGUGAAGGACAUACUGUACAUCUUACUGCAUCCCCUGUUAUGCCUAUUAGUGGUCGCAGGAUUGCUCUCGUGGUGAAGUCUUGCAUCAAAUAGUUAUUUAUUGGAAAUAUGUUGAAUAGAUGAAAUAUGAAAAAUAUGCUUUUUUMGUAGCGUUUUUAUUUUGUUAAUAAAUUGUAUAGUCUGAACACACAUGGCUUAAAUUCCAAUGUAAUUACAAAACAGAAUCCCUCUACUGCAUUAUAAUAAAUGGUGAUAUUACAUACACCGCAUUGA